UGUAAAUAGUAAAUUUCAAUUUUCAAAUAAGGAGUGCGAGGCGUAUUAAAGAAAACAAAUUUUUUAUUGGUUGUGUUGGUUGUAAUUAGAUAUACGAAAAUAUGCUAUUAAGCCAAGGUGCAGAAGCAAAGAUUUAUGUUGGUGAUUAUAAGGGAAAACAAUGUUUAAUUAAAGAAAGAUUUAUUAAAAAGUACAGGCAUCCUGAUUUAGAUAAACAAAUAACAAAAGAAAGGAUGAGAGCUGAAAGUAAAGCUAUUAAAAGAUGUACAGAAUCUGGAAUUCUUACUCCAGAAAUUUUUUAUGUCGAUUUUGAAGACCGGAAAAUUUUCAUGCAAUAUUUUUCUGGAAGCUUAACUAGCAAACAAUAUAUAAAUGAAUAUCUUUCGAAUGGUUUAUCGGAAUCAGAAGAAAAAUUGUAUAAAUUAUGCGUUGGGAUAGGCGAGCUGAUAGGAAAGUUGCAUAAGAACAACAUAAUUCAUGGAGACUUAACUACCUCGAAUUUUUUAGUAAAUCCAAAAUCUAAAGAUAAUUUUGAUGAGUACGAAUUGAUUGUUAUAGACUUUGGUUUAUCUUAUUAUAGUCAAAGUGCUGAAGACAAGGCCGUAGAUAUUUAUGUACUUGAACGAGCACUUUUAAGUACUCAUAGUAAUUCACCCCAAAUGUUUAAUCAAGUAUUAGAUGCAUAUGAAACAGUGGAUGAAAAAUCAUGUCGUGAGGUUAUAACAAAAUUUGAAGAAGUGAGAGCGCGGGGAAGAAAACGCACGAUGAUAGGUUAAUAUACAAAAAUUUUAUUGUUUGCAUUAUAAUAAAUGAACCCAAUGAGCAAAAAAACCUGU